UGCUUAAAGACUUCUGCAUUAGUGAAUUGGAAGCAUGGCAGCUGAGGCAGGAAGUCGAUCUUUGGAGGAAACACCCACUUGGGCAGUUGCUGUUGUUUGUUUUGUGCUGGUUUCCAUUUCAAUCUUCAUUGAAUAUAUCAUUCACUCGAUUGGGAAGUGGCUAACAAAGAGACAAAAACGAGCUCUAUAUGAAGCUCUUGAAAAGAUUAAAUCAGAGCUUAUGCUGCUAGGAUUCAUAUCAUUGCUCCUAACAGUAGGACAAGGGCCUAUUACAAAAAUAUGUAUACCAAAAUCCAUAGGUGAUACUUGGCAUCCAUGUAAUAAAAAGCAAGAGAGUAAAUUAAACAACCAAAGAAAGCUUCUUUCAAACUCAUCAUCAGGUUCUAAUGGCAGCGACCGAAGGGUUUUAGCUGCUGAUGGGGAUAACAAAUGCGCUUCAAAGGGGAAAGUCCCAUUUGUUUCAGCAGAAGGAAUCCAUCAACUUCAUAGAUUCAUCUUCGUACUAGCACUUUAUCAUGUGAUUUAUUGCAUUAUUACACUGGCUUUAGGCAGAGCCAAGAUGAGAAAAUGGAAGAAAUGGGAAAAGGAAACAAGAACAGCUGACUACCAGUUCUCACAUGACCCAGAGAGGUUCAGAUUCACAAGAGACACUUCAUUUGGGAGAAGGCAUCUAAAUUCUUGGAGUCAUUCAUCAAUUCUUUUAUGGGUAGUCUGUUUCUUCAGACAGUUCUUUAGAUCAGUUCUUAAGGUUGAUUACUUAACCCUGAGACAUGGGUUUAUCAUUGCUCAUUUGGCACCCCAUAGUCAAAUUAAGUUUGAUUUCCACAAUUACAUCAAAAGAUCACUUGAAGAAGAUUUCAAAGAUGUGGUUGGAAUCAGCCCAAUUAUGUGGUUAUUUGCGGUCGUUUUCCUAUUGUUUAAUACUCAUGGCUGGUAUUCUUAUCUAUGGCUGCCAUUCGUCCCUCUAAUUGUUAUCUUAUUGGUAGGGACAAAACUACAGGUUAUUAUAACCAAGAUGGGUCUAAGGAUUCAGGAGAGAGGAGAGGUGGUUAAGGGUACCCCUCUGGUGGAGCCAGGUGAUGACCUUUUCUGGUUCAACAGGCCUCGUCUCCUUCUUUACCUCAUACACUUUGUCCUGUUUCAGAAUGCCUUUCAGCUUGCUUUCUUUGCAUGGUCCUGGUAUGAAUUUGGCUUGAAGUCUUGCUUGCAUGAGCACCCAGAAGAUAUAGUCAUCAGGAUAACAAUGGGGUUAAUAAUUCAGAUACUAUGCAGCUAUGUGACCCUUCCUCUGUAUGCCCUGGUGACACAGAUGGGUUCAACGAUGAGGCCAACAAUAUUCAAUGAGAGAGUGGCCAAGGCCUUGAGAAGCUGGCACCAGGCAGCCAGGAAGCACAUAAAACAGAGUCGACAUUCUGGUUCUGUAACAUCAACUGUACCAGGCAGCAGUGCUCCGUCUCGUAGUAUGUCCCCAGCUCAUCUUCUACGAAACUACAGAUGCGAUCCUGAUAGUGUUCAAACGUUCCCGAGGAUGUCUAAUCUGUUCGAUACUGAAGCUUGUGAAAUGGACAGCCCACAAGAUCGAAAUCAUCAUUGUCCAGAACUAAGCUCCACUUAUAUUCCUCCUGUUCGAAAUGCUAAUCGCUCUCAACUCCGAAUCGAGAUAGAAACAAGUGAUUUUUCAUUUGAUGAAAGUGGAAGGAAAUGAAAUAUUUCUGAAUCAUUGUUAACAUGCAUUAUAUCCUCUCAUUUCUUCCUCUACCGCCCAAUGUAUACCGUUACUGCGCUCUUGUUAAAAUUUAGGAUAAAUUACUUUUUCA